AGGCUUAAAAGAGACGCGUACCCAAAAAUUCGCAUAUUUUUCCCUAUAAAUAACGGCCUCACCAGCCACGUCUCUUGAAAGCAGUAGUAUCUGAUUGAAGGGUUUCUCAAUUGUUAAAGAAAAAAAAAAGCAUAACAGAAAAUGGCACUACCUAAGGCAAAGGAACUCGUAUCUUCCAAUCCCGUCGUCGUUUUCAGCAAAAGCUAUUGUCCUUUUUGUGUCCAAGUGAAGAAUCUCUUCACUAGUCUUGGUGCUACUUUUAAGGCUAUUGAACUUGAUAAUGAAUCUGAUGGAAGUGAGAUCCAAGGAGCAUUAGCCGAGUGGACUGGUCAGAGGACUGUGCCAAAUGUUUUUAUUGGCGGAAACCACAUUGGUGGCUGUGACUCAACCAUGAACUUGCAAGGCCAGGGUAAGCUGGUACCCCUGCUGACAUCUGCUGGAGCUGUUUCCGGGAAAUCUGCAUAAAGAUGAACUCGAUUUGUGGUUACAAAGUUUAGUAGUAUAAUAAAAACCCUAGAGUAAGAGCAGAUGUACUCAAAGUAUUGAAACUUGCGUUUGUUAUUGUAUGAUUCUCUUUUGAAGUUUAAACUACAACUCAUUAAAUAAUUUAGUUUGAGAAGUUGUGUAUUGA